AUGGGUCAGGAUGGAUUGACAAAACAACAGAACGGCGACGCGGAGUUGAUGCCUGCACCUGAGUUCAACCAUUCGGUCGGGCCGUCAAUAACUUCAGUGGCAAGUCAUGACUCACCGUCCACGCCACCGUCAUACGAGGAGGAGAGGCAAAAGAAUGGUGAGACUUCAAUUUUCGAUUCAUGGCUAGCAGAAUACUUACUUCAUUGCCAAAAUCAAGUUUACAGAAGUUCUGUUCCCAAACUCGACCGCACAAUGACGGACGUUUAUGCGGACGAACUCUAUAACCCGAGUUUCCAGAUCACCUCUGCUGCUCCAACCUCGACCCCGAGCAUUGCUGUUUCGCCACAGAACGAUGUAUUCUCACAAAGACUUCAAGCGGCGACGAGCCAACAUUUGAGCGCGAACACGCAAACCCCUUUGACAAUUCCCUCGCGAGAGCGAUCACCAUUCCGCCAAGGGUCACCUCUCGCUCCUUCGGGCAAUUCAUUCGGCAAUCAAUCACCGAAUGUGAGAUUUGGGACUGCGACGCAUAUGCGCGAGCAGCAGAAGUUGGAGAAUGAUGCUCGUGCACUUCAGCAACAAUUGGAAAGGACUUCUCCUGAGCACACGACCCCCAAGACAAUCUCGCCAAAGGAUGUGGACUUGGUCUACCACGAGAGCGAAGAGGAUUCCAAAACACCUCUAUUCCCGCCGCAACAGAACCAACGCCCAAGCUACCAGAAGCAACACCUAAUGGCUCACGAGACAACCGAGUCCGAUGACAACACAUCGCAGCGUAGCUAUGGCAGCAUGGCAACUUCACGACGGGAAAGCUCGUCGGCAUAUUCAAACUCCUCGGUUCCUCAGCAAAGUAGCUUCAAUUUUGCUCCUCCGUCAGUGCCAGGCAGCGUGAGGGUACCCCAACAGUAUCCUUUCGUUCCUCAAGCCCGACAACAGCCCAGUAACUUAUCGAAUGUUACUGAGGAGUUUCCCGCGACGUUGACCUCGAUGGAGUCAAGCAGUAGCGAGUAUGCUCCCGAGUCUGAUAUCAAGAAGCCCGAGGGUGCAACUGCAAAUUCGGGUGGAUAUUCCUGCACAUAUCACGGUUGUACUUUGAGAUUUGAAUCUCCUCAAAAGCUUCAACGGCAUAAGCGUGAAGGUCAUCGCAAUUCGGCUUCGAUUUCUGGUUCAAAUGCGGACGAAGCUGGCAUGACUUCUCGAAAUUCACAGGCGGGGCCUCACAAGUGCGAAAGAAUCAAUCCAAGCACGAACAAGCCUUGCAACACAAUUUUCAGCCGUCCAUACGAUCUCACCCGACACGAGGAUACAAUCCACAAUGCCCGCAAGCAAAAGGUCCACUGUCCAAUCUGCACCGAAGAAAAGUCCUUCUCGAGAAACGAUGCUUUGACUCGACAUCUCAGAGUCGUGCAUCCCGAACACGCCGAUCUCUCUAAAUCUCGUCGACGUGGUGCUCGUGACUAA